AUGACACGAGACGACCUGUUCAACACCAAUGCCAGUAUUGUGCGUGAUCUAUGCGAAGCAGCAGCACAGUGCUGUCCGAAAGCUCAGGUUGCAAUCAUCACAAAUCCGGUCAAUUCGACCGUUCCAAUUGCAUCGGAAAUCUUCAAAAAACAGAAUGUCUAUGAUCCGCGACGUAUAUAUGGCAUCACAACACUCGACAUUGUGCGAUCAGCAACAUUCGUCGCCGAACUCAAAGGUCUCGAUGUGGGGAAAACAAAGGUGCCAGUAAUUGGUGGCCAUUCAGGCGUCACAAUUAUUCCAGUUCUUUCGCAAGUGCAACCAUCGUGUGAGUUCUCGGAUGAUGAAGUGAAAACAUUGACCGAACGAAUUCAGAAUGCCGGAACAGAAGUGGUGAAAGCCAAAGCUGGCGGUGUAAGUUGUUUUACGGCUGACAACUUUUUAAAUCAAACUUAGGU